AUGAUAUUAAGAGCGACAACCUUGCUGUCGCUGGCAGCUGCAUUCGUCCCCGAUGUAAUUGGGACGCCUCCAGAGAAAAAUCAUCAGGAGGUCCCAUUGGGAUCCGAAUCAGAAAAAUACAGGGCUGCUUGUCCAGAUUACGCGCUUUAUUCCACCUACCUACAUCGCCCCUUCAGCAGCGGUCCACUAGUUCUGCCCUUUCAGCGGCCUUCCCCUCAAUGCCGUACAUUUUCUUCGCCGCUAGUCGAGAAGAUCAUCGACGACCUUACGAAGCGCAUGACAGAUCCAGAUCUGGCGCGGAUCUUUGAAAAUGCAUUUCCCAACACCUUGGAUACGACAAUAAGAUGGCACGUUGAUGGCACAGAGAAGAAGUCCAAGAGCGCGGCAAAAAGCGAGAAAUGGCAGGGCCCGCAGAGCUUCAUUGUAACAGGCGACAUCAACGCCGAGUGGCUGCGAGACUCGACGAACCAGCUCGCGCAAUACCAGCGGCUCGCGAGCAAGGACAAGAAGAUUGCAAACUUAAUCCUCGGCGCAAUCAACACGCAGGCGGAAUACGUCAUUCAGUCACCGUACUGCAAUGCUUUCCAGCCUCCGCUACCCAGCCGACUGGCUCCGUCCAACAACGGGCAGGAUGAUAUUGUGCAUCCUAUGUAUGAACCAAACUUUGUCUUUGAAUGCAAAUACGAGAUUGACUCGCUCGCGCAUUUCCUUGCACUGGGCAACCAAUUCUACAAACACACGGGCUCGACCGCAUUCCUUAACCAGCGAUGGUACGCUGCGCUCAACAGUCUCAUGCAAGUCCUGGACAAGCAGGCCCAACCAACAUUCGACAAGACGGGCAAGUUCCGCCCCAAUGACUACACAUUCAAGCGCAGGACCGAUGCUGGAACGGAAACACUCAACUUGAACGGGAUUGGAAACCCGCUCAACGAAGGCACAGGCUUGAUCCGGAGCGCGUUCCGUCCCAGCGACGACGCUUCAAUCCUCGGCUUCUUCAUUCCCGGCAAUGCCAUGAUGGCAGUCGAGCUCAAACGCACAGCAGAAAUCCUCAAGACGGCAGGUAAAGCCGAGCUCGCCCGAACUGUGCUCGCCUGGGGCGAAAGUAUAGAAAAGGGCAUCUGGGAACACGGCGUCGUGCCGCAUAAGAAAUACGGCAACGUCUUUGCGUUUGAAGUCGACGGAUACGGCUCCUCGAUCCUCAUGGACGACGCAAACAUCCCCUCCCUCUUGGCCCUGCCCUUGCUCGGCUUCGUCGAUGCCUCGAAUAAAGUCUAUCAGAACACCCGCAAGAUGAUUCUCGAGAAACAGGGGAACCCGUAUUACCUCGAAGGCGAAGAUUUCAAGGGUAUCGGCGGCCCGCAUAUCGGCUUACAAAAUGCCUGGCCGAUGAGUUUGCUGGUUCAGGCCAUGACCUCGGAUUCGGAUGCGGAAAUUAUCGACGCGAUUGACCUCGUCAAGAAUGCAAGUCGUUUGGGAUUAAUCCAUGAGAGUAUUCACGUUAAUCGCCGUACGGAAUUCACCCGAAGCUGGUUCGCAUGGGCAAAUUCCGUCUUCGCACAAACCAUUCUCGACAUUGCCGAACGUAAACCCCAUCUCCUCUUUGGCAAAGACGAUGCAAAACCUUAUAUCAUUGAAUGA